CGCUUGCCCCUUCCCCUUCCCGCGGCGGGGCGGCGGCGGGGCUGCCCCCCUGCCCCCCCCGCGGGCGGUCCGCGCCGCCGCUCCGCGGCGAGGGGCGGCGGGUUGGGAAGUGAGGCAUCGAGGGGCUGGGAAACUCCUCUCGGGCACGGCGGCGUUGCGGGAGGACGGGCGCCCGAGCCGCCCCGCGCACGCAGCCGGGCGGGCGCGCACACACCGCACACACACGCACACGCGCGGCGGCGGCCCCCGGCCCCCCGCAGCCGCGGCCGGCGGGGAGGCGGCGCCCGGUGGGGCUGCCCCAUGGUCUUGCGGGGGCCGUGGGGGAGCUGCGGGGGCCCCGGCGCGGCGCUCGCCCUCCUGCGCGCCCUCCGCACUAGGAUGUUGCGGCAGGUCUUGCACAGGGGGCUGGGGACGUCCUUCUCCCGGCUCGGCCACUUCGUCGCCAGCCACCCGGUGUUCUUCGCCUCGGCGCCUGUGCUUAUCUCCAUCCUUCUGGGCGCCAGCUUCAGCCGCUACCAGGUGGAGGAGAACGUGGAGCACCUCCUGGCUCCCACGCACAGCCUGGCCAAGAUCGAGAGGAACCUGGUGGACAGCCUCUUCCCGGUGAACCGCUCCAAGCACCGGCUCUACUCCGACCUGCAGACGCCGGGGAGGUACGGCCGGGUGAUCAUCACCUCCUUUCGCAAGGCCAACAUGCUGGACCAGCACCACACCGAUCUCAUCCUCAAGUUGCACUCUGCAGUGACCAGGAUCCAAGUUCAAAGACCUGGUUUCAAUUACACGUUUGCCCAUAUAUGUAUCCUGAACAAUGACAAGACAUGCAUAGUGGACGACAUAGUGCAUGUACUGGAGGAAUUAAAGGCUGCUCGUUCUUCUAAUCGAACUAAUUUUGCAAUCACUUAUCCGAUUACUCACUUAAAGGAUGGCAGGGAAGUGUAUAACGGGCAUCAGCUCGGUGGGGUUACUGUGCACAGCAAGGACCGGGUGAAGUCUGCAGAAGCCAUUCAGCUCACCUACUACUUGCAGGCAAUCAACUCCUUGAAUGACAUGGUGGCAGAGAAGUGGGAAUCCAUUUUUUGUGACACUGUUGAACUUUUCCAGAAAUCCAACAGGAAAGUCAAAAUGUAUCCUUUCACUUCUUCUUCGCUGAAGGAGGAUUUCCAGAAGACGAGCAGGGUGUCAGAACGCUACCUGAUCACAAGCUUGGUCCUUGUGGUCACCUUGGCCAUUCUCUGCUGCUCCAUGCAGGAUUGUGUCCGCAGCAAACCCUGGCUUGGCCUGCUGGGAUUGCUGACUGUGACCCUUGCCACCCUGACUGCAGCUGGGAUCAUCAAUCUCACUGGUGGGAAAUACAAUUCCACCUUCCUUGGAAUUCCCUUCGUCAUGUUAGGUCAUGGGUUAUAUGGGACUUUUGAAAUGUUGUCCUCCUGGAGAAAAACUAGAGAAGACCAACACGUUAAAGAGAGGACUGCAGCCGUAUUUGCAGACUCCAUGCUCUCGUUUUCUCUCACCACUGCCAUGUACCUGGUCACUUUUGGAAUAGGUGCCAGUCCCUUCACUAACAUUGAAGCAGCCAGGAUUUUCUGCUGCAAUUCCUGUAUUGCAAUUUUCUUCAACUACCUCUAUGUACUCUCCUUUUACGGUUCCAGCCUGGUGUUUACUGGCUACAUAGAAAACAACUACCAGCAUAGUAUCUUCUGCAGAAAGGUACCAAAGCCAGAGGUAUUGCAAGAGAAGCCUGCAUGGUAUAGGUUUCUUCUGACAGCCAAAUUCAGUGAGGACACAGAUGAUUCAGAGGAAACGAACACUUACGAGAGUCAUCUUUUGGUGUGGUUCCUGAAACGCUAUUAUUGUGACUGGAUAACAAACACUUAUGUCAAACCUUUUGUAGUUCUCUUUUACCUUGUUUAUAUUUCCUUUGCCUUAAUGGGCUACCUGCAGGUCAGUGAAGGGUCAGAGCUGAGCAACAUCGUAGCGACUGCGACACGAACCAUUGAGUAUACAACUGCCCAGCAGAAGUAUUUCAGUAACUACAGCCCAGUGAUUGGGUUCUACAUCUACGAGUCAAUCGAGUACUGGAACACCAGUGUCCAGGAGGACGUGCUGGAGUAUACCAAGGGCUUUGUGAGGAUAUCUUGGUUCGAAAGCUACUUAAAUUACCUUAGGAAACUCAACGUAUCUACCGGAUUGCCCAAGAAGAAUUUCACUGAUAUGUUGAGGAACUCCUUCCUGAAGACCCCUGAGUUUGCCCAUUUUUCAGAGGAUAUCAUCUUCUCCAAGAAAUACAACAAUGAAGUUGAUGUUGUGGCCUCCAGGAUGUUCUUGGUGGCAAAGACAAUGGAAACCAAGAGGGAAGAACUUUAUGACCUCCUGGAGACCCUGAGGAAGCUCUCUCUCACCUCCAAGGUGAAAUUCAUCGUUUUCAAUCCAUCAUUUGUGUACAUGGAUCGUUAUGCCUCUUCAGUAGGAGCCCCCUUACAAAACUCCUGCAUUAGUGCUUUAUUUCUGCUCUUCUUCUCUGCAUUCCUGGUCGCAGACUCUCUGAUCAAUGUCUGGCUCACUCUAACUGUUGCCUCGGUUGAAUUUGGAGUUAUAGGUUUUAUGACCUUGUGGAAAGUGGAACUAGAUUGUAUUUCUGUGUUGUGCUUAAUUUACGGAAUUAAUUAUACAAUUGACAACUGUGCUCCACUGUUAUCAACCUUUGUCCUGGGCAAAGAGCUCACAAGAACUAAAUGGGUGAAAAAUGCCCUGGAAGUGCAUGGGGUAGCUAUUUUGCAGAGCUACCUCUGCUAUAUUGUUGGUCUGAUUCCUCUUGCAGCUGUGCCUUCAAAUCUGACCCGUACACUGUUCAGGUGCUUGUUUUUAAUAGCAUUAGUCACCUUCUUUCACUGCUUUGCCAUUUUACCUGUGAUACUGACUUUCCUGCCACCCUCCAAGAAGAAGAGGAAAGAAAAGAAGAAUCCUGAAAACCGUGAGGAAAUAGAGUGUGUUGAAAUGGUGGAUAUGGAUAGCACCCGAGUGGUUGACCAAAUUACAACAGUCUAACUUGAUUUGUUGGUUGCUUUUUUACACGAGGUCUUACUGAAAAAAAAAAAAAAAAAAAAAAAAAAAAAGAAAAGAAACCAGUACUGACUAAAUAUCUGGGGAGAGGAAGGAGUUUGGAAGUUUUCCCUCCCUCCUCUAAACUAAAUCCAGGAAUAUUCAAAAUUAUGGGAGAAAUCAAAAAUAAAUUAAAAAAAAAAAAGAAAAGAGCCAGGGGAUUGUACCUUGCUCAAUUUUCACACACAUGCAAAGGGGAGUUGAAUUUUAGAUGCAUGAAGUAAGAUCUAAUGAGAGCAAUUGGGUUCCUAAGCAGUCAUCUGCAUCGCCUGUACUGCAGAUGCUGCAAUUAUUGUGGCUAAACCAAAUCAUAUUGAAAGGUCAACUGUCAAGGCUGAAGUAGCACUAAAUGUUCGCUGGAUGUAAAGGCUUUACAAACUUUCUGCACAGCAAUAACUCAAGUCAGUGAGUCAGCUCUUAUAAGUCUUAGCCAUCACAUUUAAUUUUUCUUUUCUCCCCUAAUCUAAACAUUUAUGCAAGACUAUAUAAAAGAUAGCAAACUGUACUGGGAAAGAAGGCAGUACACAGCAACCAAAUGCUUUCCAAACACUUUUAUGUUAUAAAUCACUUCUUUUUUUUCUAAAAAUAUCAUUAUUUUAAAAUGGAAAUCACCCCUUGUAACAUUUUUAAUCAUGGUUUUAUAGCUGUUUCUUUUUCUUAUAAAAACAAAAAAGAAAAAAAAAAAAAAAAAAAAAAGAACAAAAAAAAAAAAAAAAGGAACAAAAAAUCCAGGUGACUCUGUCACUCUAGAAAAUAUAUAAUUCUAUUUUAUACAUGUCUCGCUACUAGUUAAACAUGUAAUCUGCUUUACCAACUGCAAUUUUUUUAGCACUCUACGAGGACAUGUGAGUGGAUCUAGCAGCAGAUAGAAGAUGGUGUACUGAAUAUUUCAGCACCAAAAUCCAUGAUACAAACCUCAAAUACUAAAAUGUCAUCAAGAAAGUGAAUGUUAGGGCUCUUUUAGUGAGAGCCUAUUUCAGGCCAUUCACUGGUAAUGCACACUAAGAGGAUUAGUGGGUAGUUUUACAUAAUGUAUAACUUAAUCCCUCAAUCUUCCUAGAGUACCUGUAAAGCAAUAGACCUUAACAGCUAUGGGCUCUUCCAAGAGACAGUAGACCGUGAGAGUUGUGUGGAACAAACCGAAGGCUGGGACUGUGGUUUAGCAGCAACAAGUUUAACAAUGUCCCCAAAGAGCCCAUAUCUAAGGGGCCUAUUGAAAACAUCACUUCUGAGAGAAAAAAGAAAAAAAAAAAACUUAAAAAGAUUACAUUACUGAGUCUUUUUGGAGCUGUGAGUUCUAAAUCAAUAAUUCUGUCAGCAUCUGUGAUGUGGAGUAAUACAGAUAAAGCAGCAUCUCUUUCCUCCUCUGCCCCCUCCACCCUUAAGAGCGACAGGCUCAUUACUGUAAGGUUUUAUCAUGUGGUUGAACCCCAGUGGGGAUAUGUAAGCCAAUUCUGUAGGUUUUGCUGAGAGUAUUCCGACUAUACAUUGCCUGUGAAAACCUGGUAUCAGGAAGCUGACUGGUGUGUUGGGUGGUCUCAUGAAUAUAUGGACUGUUGCUUUGUGGUGCAAGUUGAAUGUAUUACAGCCAGAUUCCUUUUUGCAGCUCAUCCGGAAAGUAAGAGUACUUGAAAAGUUUUCAGCACUUGGCAUAAGGUUUGCUUCAGUGACAGUAUGUGGAGGGGAAAGGAUAUUGCAGGAGCCAUGAGGCUUGGACCACUGGGAGCACUGUGGCUUGGGAAGCUGCCUGUGGUACUUGCACGGUCAUUAGCACGUCUGUGGUCACAAACCCAGGGUAUGCUUCAUUGCAUGAAACAUCUCUUUAGCAUCCAGUCCCAGUGACCCCCUAAUACCCUGUGCGAAACCCGCAAAUGCCACUGAGUGAAUGUUAAUUUUCAAGCAAAGAGAUAGUUCUGAAGCAUUCUUCCUAGCAGAAAAGAAGAUAAUCAGAUAUUUUGCCCUGAAGCAAAACGCUACAUGCUCACUAGCAAAAAAAGUCAGCAGCGCAGCUGGCAACAUUUACUUUCCCCUGGAUACAUCCCUCCUCUGACCAGAAGAAAGGAAGCUGUGUCCAGGAAUGCACAGGAUCUUUGCUUAAAUAAACAACAGUUGCUGCGGUAGCAGCUGGGAAGCUGUAACAACAACUUCAGCCUUGGCAGAACCCAGGUGGACACCUUGAAGACAGCCAAAUGAAUGUAAGACUAGGAAAAAGAUCUGUUUCCCCUGUUUUCUUUAGAGUCAGGCUUGGGGCUAUGUUUUCCAGCCAAAAAUUAUUCAUUAAAUAUACUUCACUAUAGAUUUUCUGUGAUUAUCACAAUUUCAUUUAAAGAAGAGUCACCCUAUCUCCUGCCUGUUCAACAAGAAGCUGCAGUGGCUUUUAAACUUCUGAGGGCAUUAGCAAAUUAGUUGAGAGUUACAGAGGAAUUGCAAUUCCUCUGCAGCAAUGUACUGACUUGUGGAAUACUUGGAAAUGGGAUAUGUGUGAAAGAGGUUGCUUUUACACUGCAGAGAGAAAUACAUGGCAAACACUAAUUUUACACCUCUGCUAUCCGUCACGUUAUCUACUUGCAAACACCAGACACAAAGGUGGUUACCAUAAACAUCUUAACAUCUAAUUGCUGUGCGUAGACAGGAGUGUCUUUAAAGAGAUGUCCAAAGACAAGCUUUUAAUUUCAGAGGCCUCUCCUUAAAUUUCAGCAUGUAUGGCCUUCAGAGAUCUCCAAGAAAGUUGAUAAAACCAGGGAUAAAAUUACUCCUAUAUCUCCAAACCUGUCAGAAAAAGGAUGUGGAGGCAGUCCUAUGACUGCAGAACAGGCUUGGGUGUCCAAGAAGGCAGGGUGAGAAGUCAGGCAGUCCACCCCCUUGCCCCAAGGCAGAGUCAACAGCAUUUAAAUCAUUUCUGAAGGAUGUUUGUCCAGCUCCUUCCUAAAAAAUCUUUUUAAGGGCAUAUUCCUUUCCUAGCAGUUCCCCCCAGUGCCAUGUUACCCUGUCCAAUAACUAGUAACUCCUGCUAGCUGCCCUGAACUGGGUCAGAGAAGAGGAGCCAUGCCCCUCUCUACACAGGGACAGGACAGGCAGGAGACUGAAACAUCCCCAAAAGAGAGAAAACCCAGAUCAGAGCCAAAACCAACUUACCUAUAUUUUUCACUGUGUUUCACCUCAGGCUGCCAUUUCAUUCCCCCCUUCCAGGGUUGGCAAGGUAAAGCCAUGAAAGUAUCCAAGGUGCACUCAUCCUGGGUCGGUGAGGUUUCUGCCUGAAUCCUGAUGUGUCUGAGGGAUGCACCAAAUAUUCCUUCUCUACAGGUAGCUUGAAUACCUCAACAUGAACCAGAAACAGCGUGUUCUCAAGGUUUCAGACUAUGCUAAGCCACUUUGGCCUUUAUCCCCUUCGACUUUUUCCUCUGAAGCAACUAUCUUCACCAAAAUCAGUUGGUCCUCCCUGCGCCGAUUGAUCAGUAGGUGCAGAUGCUGUGCUCUGUUUCCGUCCAAAGCGCUUCCAGUGGCUAACUGUGCAUAAGAGUUUGCCUUUACUGGUGAACCUCCAUUUUGGAAGACUACCUAGGCUUAAGCAGAUUUUUGUCAUACUCUUAAGUGGCUUUUUAGCCCAGGUAUCACUGUGGUUUUGUUUGCAGUAUAGAUUGCCCAAUUUUUUUAUAAAUUCAGUAUAGAACAGGGUAUUGUACACUGUCAGGCACUGAUUAAAAUCUAACAGUGAAAGUUUUAGCUAAGGCUGACAAGACUAUCUAGGACUGUGGCCCACUGAGCACAUGUAUCUUCUACAAACAUAAAAUUCCAUACAGUAAGGUAUGGUGUACAAUUUAUUUUUAAUUACAGGGUAAGCAUGGGGAAAAAGAGCCAACCAACGUGCAAAUGGCCCUCAAGAUCAGUCCAGUUUUCUUGUAACAUAAUUUCUAAUGUCUUAGUAGAAGUCCACUUUCAAUUUACAAGUAUUCUAACAGGAGGGAAAAAAAGAAGAGACAAAAUUUGGUAGAGUUGGAAUAACUACACUAUAAAAAUUAACUGAUGAAGGCAGAAUUUGCUGCCCAAAGCAGAAAUAUGAAAGUGUUCUAGUUAGAUUAAAAUUAGAGUUUGGAAGGUUGAGAAAAACCUGUCUGUCAAAGAAAAAGAGGUUCUUUUCGAAAGACAAGCAAAUACACUUACCAUGGUCAACUGUGUGAAUCUGGAGGGAAAACAGUAUCAAAGUGGCUUGAGGUUAUGUUGAACCACGAGAGGAUUUGCAUCUGCUCUCAAAAGCUUUCUGAGCCAGCACUGAAUACAGGUAAAACAUGUACUGUAAAUUGAAAGGUGUACUUUUAAAUGCUUUUCUCUAGGCUGACUAUCCUCCUGUGAGCCAUGAAAUCCCCCUUCAGCCAACACCUUCUUUAUUUUUAUUCAAAGGGAAAACAAAACAAAGCGAUGGCAUGACUGGGCAGAGAUCAGGGGAAUCAGAAGAAAGACUGUGACUUCUCUGAAAAACUGAGAGCCAGCAAAGCAAGUGGGUUUUGUGAUAGAAGAACCAGUUACUUCAAGACUUAGCAAAAUGGUGGUUUUUCCUAUUUGUUUACUUCGGAAGCAGGUAGCAUGUUAAGGGAGAUGCAGGGAAGGGAAGCUGAGUUAAUAGGAGUUCGCUGCGGAUUUGCUGUGGGCCCCAGUAGCACCUCUGGCAUGGCUGGGAGCUGGCAACUGGAUGGGAGUGCAGGAGGGGCUGGAACAACACUGCUGUGUGGGCACUGGGGAUGCCAGACCAGGGGCUGUGGUGGUGCCAUUGCCCUUGUCCCCAUCCCACGGCCGUGCCUGGUGUUUCCCGGAGAUGCACAGCCUGCAGAGUGCGCUAGCUCCUAUGUGGGCAUGGCUCACUCCUCCCAUGCCUCAUGUUGGGACAGCACUCCUGGGUUUUGAUGAACCAGGACUUGCAUGGUAAGGCACAAGCCCUCUGGGAACACUUUCUGGAAGAUCUUGGUUGGAAAGAAUUACCCAGAGAUUUUUUCUCCCCUGCCUUUGCACAUGUUAAAACACAGAUCCGUACAAGUCAAAUUGUACAAUUAGCUAUGUAGGGACAAAGUAUUUCUUCCAUGGCUUUUUCCUUACAUUUAUCACUAAAAGUACUUGUCAUUUAUUUUCUUAUAAAUAUUGUGAAAUAAGUAAGCCUUCCUGGGGUACACACAGUUCUGAUGAGAAGGAGGCAGGGAGGGGAGAGAGCCCCUUCCCCUCCCCAAAGGUAGGAAGCAUCUUCCACCCAUGGCCAGGCACUACACCAUUGUGGCAGGGCACCCCCAGUGACCCCAACACAGUGCAGGGGUGGGGGCAACUUUAUCCCUCCUCCCCAGUCUUACUAGAGAACAGGGAGGAGCUUUAGCUCUAAAUUGUGGUGGGGAUGGGCCCCCAGGGAGCCCUUGUGAAACCCAUCCGCUGCCAGGAAAGUGCAAUGGUGAAUUUCUUGUUUGGUUGGUUUGUUUGGGUUUUUUUGAGAAAGAUGUGGCAGAAGUAUCCCAAGAGUGGAUUUGAACAUAUAUUCCUGUCCAUGGUGCAUGGGUUGGAGCAGAGUGAGUGCCCUGACAGGCCACCGUUUGCCCUGUGGUUGUCCUGGCACAGCUUCCUGCCUGGAGAGAGGGCACCUCAGCAUCAUGAGCGCCUGCCUGGGGCAGCCGCUUCUCAGGCACAAAUUGUUCUGAUGGUGUUGGCGUUCUGCAAGUCAUUACCUUUUUAUAAUUUUGGAAAAAGGGAAAAGAAUAGAUCAAUAUAAACAAUUCUAGGUUAUUUAAGCUCCAAGAAGUCUUAACCUGCGCGUCAAAUAAAUGGCUUGCAAGAUGUCAAGGGGUUUCUUUUGGGCUUUUUUUUAACCAAUUUUUACUAUUUUUGUAUUAAUUUAGGGGGAAAAUUGUAUAAUGAAUCUCAAUGUAUAGCAUAAGCCUGAAAUAAAAUGGCUGUCUCUCUCUUUGCUUCCUGUGCUCCCAAACUGUUACAGAAAUCCCUUGCCAUCACCAGCGUAACAAACUGAUUUUCCUGACCUAACCCAAAUAAUCAGAAUGUGCGUCCUCUCCAACUCCCCUCAGAGAGGGAUGGCAGAGUAGUUCAGGGGCACCUGCUGCAGCAUAGAGCCAGCAACACCCAAAAGAUAAUGGGCACACUGCUUCUCCAGUAGCCCCUCUUGUUCCAGGGUGCACACUGCUUGGCAGCAAGCACAGGGAAAAUGCAUUCCCCAUCUAUUAAUUUCCAUGUUUCUGGGACCUAAGUCCUUUUUUGGGGGGUUCCUAGACAAUCCAGCAUCAAAACCCCAAUCUGAGCAGGCAAAGCAGCAGCUAAGGUAAAAAUCUCCAACUGAUUUGAUCAAAAACUUAGAGUUAUCUCCUCAGACAACAACUAGACCUACUGAAAUCUGGUAGGUACGUAGAUCUGAAGUAUUACUGUUGAACAGAAAUACUAUUAUUAAAAAUGUUCUUAUCAGGACCUUAGCAUCCACAAACUUAGGAAGCCCCAUCAUCACUGAGAGACCUACCUCUCCCACCAGCAGAACCACGGCUGCUGGCCCAGGAUCUUCUGAUGACUAUGUUCCACCAUCUUCCCAUACCCAGAGAGAUCACCCAUUUACAGUUUUUCCCUAAUGUUUUGGAGAAGAGGAGCAGCACCCCUAUAGGCCCACCUGGACCAAUUGCUUUGAUGCAGAACCAAACCAAUGCACCAAGGGACAUGGGUGACCAUCACAGAUGCUCUGUCACAUCUGGCUGUAGCAAUGAGAUAUUAUUUACUUUAUUGUAAAAAGCAGGUGAGCCAGAUCCAAGCCCAAGUCACUGAAAACAAUAGCAGGCCUGAGAGCGGGUGGGUUUGGGCUGCCAAGGGCUUUUGACCACUUUAUUUUAAGGGGAAGUUUGGGUCUGCAAUUUAAAGGUGACUCCUGUCACCUGUUACAGCUCCUGGCCUUGUCCCUUUCAGUUGUUCUUUCUCACAUUGCCUUAAAUUCAGAAUCCACAAGCACUGUUGACAAAAAUUCUGUCUGAAAUUGAAACUCAAAUUAUAUCAAUUUUUCUUAUUGCUAAUGUAAUGUAAGAGAGGCUACGUCUAAGCAUGGCACAGGAACCCAAAGAGCAAAACUGCCGUACCAGGCUGGUGUGCCUCGUUGGUGUUAGCAAGAGCUCCUUCAUGCAAUUCUCCAUAGAUCUAAUUUACAAAAUUCAGGCUUUCCAAAUGUGUAAUCAGCACUUUUUAUUCUGAAAAUUCAUCUGUAUGUAUACCUUCAAAGUAGAGGCAUGUUAAAUCUGAUUUUUAGGUUAUCAGGGAAUACAGUUCAGCCCAACAAACAUUCGUGAGCAGCAUCUCUGAAUUCCACAUGCAAUUCUUACACUGCUACAUACAAAUCAGAAUAUUUUCAUCCCAAAAUACCACAUUUCCUUAUUUGUACAGCUAAUUUGCACGCAGAAACUAGGCAGAAUUGCAGACCCAAAACAGUGAAGUGUGCUAAUGUUUACAUUCAUCCUGUAAAUAUCACUUAAAUAUGUAAAGGUUGAUGGUAAUACUGUUGAGAAGAACAAGAUUUUUUUUUUCUGACUUCAGUUUGCUGGCAGAGAAUAACUGAAAUGUAUGCCGAGCACCUAGCUAAAAAGAACCAGGGAAUAAGAAAUCUAACAGUGCAUCAGCAGAAAAAAAAAAGUCCACUUGAAAAUUUAUACAUAUGAGAAAUCUAAGAACAGCGUUCAAGGCUUUAGCUGGGUGUCCAGACUAUGUAGAAUAGCUUAUGUUAGAAAUGAAUGUAGAAUAUUCCAUUCUGAUUCUUUCUGACCCCAUUCAAUCCUCUGAAAUAUGCUCUGUUCUGUGAGGAGGCAUACUUUUGAGCAAGACUGACAUUUAUCUUUCUAGAAAUUACUGAGUUGCACAGGUGAAGUUUGCUGGAAACAAAAUUUUAAAUGUAUACAAACAAACUGAUGCCAGAAAACACAAGUUGUAAAAAACAUGCCUUCACAUACUGAUUAUAUUUCAUAAUAAGCAAUCUGUUCCUUGAUGCUACAAGUGAAAAAUGAUUUUAUAUUUGUCAGCUAUAAUCAGAGAAAUGAGAUGCCCCACUAAUGUAUAUAUAGUGCAUACACCCCCAUACCAAUUAUGUAUUUCUUAUACGCCCAACUCAAGUUGGCUCUGUAUAAAGAGAAGGAAAAGCCAACCUAGAAACAUACUUGAAAGCUGGUAGGAAGAAUAGUUUAGCUGUCCUGAAAUUAGUAAUGAAUCAGCAGGGGAGGAGCAACAGAGAAGUUGGUAAGGGGUUUAGGAACAAAGAAGCUUCCUGCAGAAAUGCUGUUGAGAAAGGAGACUACUCAGGUUUUAUUGUGUCAGGAGGAUGGGAAAGAUCAUGUAAAAAACUUCUGUGUUGCAAAAGGAAGGAAGGUCUAAGGCAAAAUGAAGAGUGAGAGAAAUUAUAUAAGUGUUUGUAAGAUUGGCAGCUGUAAGGUAUAUUAAGGCUGUCUAAUAAAAGGCAGGGUCUGUCCAUAUAAGGAAAAUAAAAAUUCACAGCUGCCUAAUUAUGUGAUUUUAAAUGUAGAUUGAGUACUUCAUUGCUUUGGAAUAAAAGGAGGAUAUCAUCUGUAAUCUAAUCUGGAGCCCAGAGCUGGAGACUUUAACAUGAUAUAUAAACAAUAUCAUACAGAAAAAGAGAUCGGUCAGAUGAAUUCUGGCUCAUAACUUACUGAGAAAUGGCAAAUUGAGCCUCACUCUUCAUUUUACUGCAACUAUUACUUAGAAAAGAGCAGCUGACUUUACUGGUUCUGAAAUAACCAUACCUUCCUGAUAAAAUACUCAUGUGUUGGAAGGAUUUCUUUUCUUUUCUUUUGAAAAUGCAAUCAAUUUUCUUUCUGGACAAAGUGAGCCCUCAGGCAGAUUACCUGCAGCGAGAAGUGGGAAAUGCCAGCUCUCUUAAGGUGAUUCCUGAGUCAAGAACAUCCCUCUUCAAUUGAAUUUCUCUCUUUUCUUUCCUCUCAGCAUGCUAUUGCAAGCUGUUCCAGACUUGUAUAUUGACAGUUUUACCAAUUGGUGUAUCAUACCCCUCUUUGCAAGAGAAGUGGAUUUCUGCCAAGCCUCUCCUGGUGUUGGCUCCGGGGGCAGUGUCCACGUUAUAAUUUUUUAAUUAUUCCUGCUCUUAGCCCCUCUCAUGAGAGCCAUUUCUUUCAGUUUCUUGGAUCUUACUGGAAGAGUGGCUACAACAACUUUUACAGGAAUGCCAACAGCAUUUUGCUGAUCUGACGUACCUCUGAUAUAUAUGAGUGACAUAACUUUAUUAGAUGUAGCAGGAAGAAGCAUUCAAAGCUCAGUGUCAGGACAUCAUAUUCUAUUUAAUAUCACCAUCUCUGUAGAUGUUACACACAGCAAAUUUAUAAUAUGGAAAUUGCAGAAAUGGGGAGAGUAAAGAGAGAGAGAGAGAAUACCAUUUAAGCUGCUCAUUCAGCACUUUCCAAACCUCUCCAUCAAAGGAAGAGUUCCUGCCUCACAGUCAGUGGUGACACCAAGCCUGGAGAAUCUAAUUUGCAGGAAAAGGUUAAAAGAAUUUGGCUUAGAAAGGGGAAAUGUGGAGCUGAGAGAUGUGACUUCAGAAUUAUGGAAAGGAUUGCUAACUUUAGUGAGUUGUUGUGGGGGUUUUUUUUGCCCAGCAUGUGCUUCAAAAGCCAAAAUCUCAGAAUACAAAAUGUUUGAAGUGAGAAGCAAAUAAUAAAUUCAUGGAGAACAUUUCACAGGUAGAAAUGACAAAUACAUAUUGAAAACUGUAAAGUCAAGGCAGACAAAAAAUCAACUCAGGUGAGAAAUGCCUAAGUUUAUUGUAGAGAACUCCAUAAAAACCUACACAGAAAAGCUCUCAAAUGUACUCACAGCCCUAGAGAGCUCUUCAGGUGGUCUGUUCCAGCACCAGGCCAGAAAUAAGGUAAGAGUUUUAAAUUAUUGACAGCUACAACCAACAGAGCUUUAAACUGUGGAACCUGGGUGAGGGAGAAAUGGGAAAAAAAUGAUGGGAAAAAUACUUUAAUGACAUACUUACUCUUUGUGUGCAUCAACACCUCUCCACCAGCUUCUUGGGAGUUAUAGCUAAUAAAACUUGUUUAAAGCAUGGGCCAGCACAUUCCACAUUCCAGGCAACUGUUUUCCUCUUCCCCUUGAAGGCAAAGGCUGAGUUUCAUUUUGUCAGUCUGCUUUCAAGGCACAUCAUCCCUCUGACACCGCCUGACUGACAAAGGACCUGAUACACAGGGGUGAGCACAGACCAGCACAGGAAACAGCCCAUACAUGAGCCAUGGCAGGGCAAAGCUUUAUUACUCCUUCAUCGGAGAGCUGUGCAAAAGAGGGCAUUCAAAUUUUUAGUGUACUUUAAAAACUUUUAGGAAAAAUUUGCCUCUGUAGUACACUGUGGAUGCAUUAAGAUGUAGAUGUGCUAUGGAUGCUAUCCAGGCAUGCUUAUGCUUUUCCAAAGCUAGGUAGCCCUCAGCCUUUGGCUUCGUGCCACGCAGUUCCUCUGAGAUUCAUAUUGUAAGUUUUAUUGAGAUACUUGUUUGGUGAAAGAGAUUUUGUUUAGAUCAAACUGAUCUUAAAUAUGAGCUCUUUUAUUCACCCCAGAAGGCUUCCACACCUGACAUCUCUAUCCUCUGUUAGUACACUUGGAAAUGAAGAUGGCAACAGCGGAGAGAAUUGGAAAGCAAGUAAAAGUCCCAUUAUUUCAGUUAAGUGGCAGCUAAUUUUGUGAGGCUCAAUUACCGGUGAUUUUGUGAGCUUCAUUUUUUCCACUACAAAAUUUUGAAAAGGUGCUCAAUAUUCCACUCCUAAGCCAGGAAUAACUAUGGGUUUUCAGUAUACUCCAAGCAGAGUAUAGCAGCUGGAUUGAAAUCAUGUUGCCCAGUGGAAAUAAAGCAUUGGGAAGGGGAGAAGAGGUGGAUGGAGUUGGUCAUUUGAAAUUUUCAACAGAAAAGAUAGGGUUUUCUUUAAAAAAAAAAAAAUCACAUUUUUACCUUUGUUCUGAUAGGAAAGUCUUAUUGAGUCUGAUAAACUUGAAGCAUAUAAAAUCAUUUACAAAAACUGCAUGAGGGGAGAGGUGGAAAGUGAGCUGAGAAAAGUUAUAUCUCUUCUGACUUUCUUCUAUAAUGUCUGCUUUAUCACAGAUCCAGGGAACAGCAGUAUGGCCACUAUCAGAGCAGUGGGGUAACUGUGUUUGGAUAAAAUUGUGUUAUGGAAAAAUAAAGUGAUAAAUAGUUAGCUGGUAAGACAUGUACCCACCAGGCUUCUUUCAAAAUGCUGAUGAAGGGAAGGAAGGUAUUGAGCUCUAAUUCCAGUGACUGGAGAAGAUAGGGCUUCCCAGCAAGGCAGUAGCAAAUACAAACAAUAGCAAACAUUGCACUUGUUUAGAAACACAGUUUUGAAUGCAGAAUUGACUGAUCCAGGGAAAAUAAAGUCAGGAAAGAUUGUGAAAGUCCAAAACCUCUCUACAUUUUUUAACUUCUUGUUGUGGCUUAUGUGUAAUGUCACCAGAUCCCUGGUGCUCACACACCAUUCAAAUCUGUAAUUGUUUUAGACAUAGUUCCCAUUAAUAUAAAUUCAACCAGUGAGCAAAUAUAAACCAUACUCAGGUGGCCAUUCGUAGAUCUCAAGUAGUCAAGGGUCAUCCUUUACAGCUACCCCAUUCCUAAAAUACAUAUAAAAUAUAUGUAUUUCACAGAAUAAUGAGAAAAAUCUAUACAAAAUUCUGAUCUACCUGAAAACAAUUUGCUUUAAACAGGUCAAACAGAAUUGAAAAAUUGUUUCCGGCAAAUAAGCUCUAAAUGUGAAGGGAAAGUAGUUCUAUUCAAGCUUUUUGAAGAGAAUGAAUGAGAGAAUGAAUGUGAAAAAGCACAUGGAGUGCAAUUUAAAGAAGCAAGCAAGCGAAUCAUGACCAGAGAAUGUCUAUAAAACCUUGGCAGUUGACCUUCACUGGGUGAGGAUGGUAAGUGGGUCUGGAGAAUCAGCAUUUCAUCAAGUGGUUGAGUAUAUUUUUACCCUUUUCAAAAUAUGAACCAGCUCAUCAGGUAAAAACCGAUCAUGCAAGGUUUGUCCAUUUGCCUGCUCUCAGUGAGCAUGAAAAAAAAAUCGUUUUAAAUGAACCUGUGGUCUCUGCUGACUUUUGUUAAUUCCAAUAUAUUUCUGUUAACUGUUAAGGGGAAGAAAAUCAGAAAUAAAAAUGCUCCAAACCUU